GAAAAAAUAUUUGUCAAUCUUUGUUUAUAAUAUUUGUCGUUUCUUAUUAAAUGGUGGAGAAAGAAUUUGAGAAUGUUGAACUCUUAGCUAAUUUUAAUUCCGGAAAACGAAAAUAUUACAUGCAACAAAGCUCUUGAUUAGGCAUUCGUGUUCUCACGCAUAUUAAAAAAUUAGAAUAAGUGCACAAAACUAAACGUGUAAAUACUUUAAUACUUUGUUUGUGGUAACAUAAGUGGUUUUUACUAGAGGCAUAAAUGGCCCACCGAAAUUGACGAAAUUCUUACGCACUCAUGCACGACUUUUGAUAUUGGGUCAUCACCGGAAUUCCAUAAAAUCAAAACUCAUUUGCUUUUGACAAAAUUCACUAUAUAGUCUUUUAUAGCGAAUUAAAAAAUGUCAGAUGGAUCACCGCCUCCAUCGAUUUGCUUUAUCCGUGCCGCUGAAUCGUACCCGAAGUCACAGAUGGAAAAGGAAGACUCCCAGUUACUUGUGCCCUUUCAGGAAUUGCCUGGUGAGUCUAUUAAGUACCUAGGUCGAACGGACGAUGGAAUCCUGGCCCUAUCAAAUUACCGCAUAUUCCUCUCAAAGAAGUCAACUGCCUUUGAGACAUACGUACCCCUGGGCCUUAUAGAAUCCGUGCAAGUACGAGACCCGUUUCAGUUGAUUGUCAAUUGCAAGGACGCCAGCACUGUGCGGUGCUCUUUCCAGACCACGGAACAAUGUGUGGAUUGGCAACGACGAAUACACUUGCUUAUAGGCGUUCCCCAAACAUUGGAAACUCUUUUCGCAUUUGGUUUUUACUCCUGGUCCAGCGACAUAUUCGGAAAUAGUAAUGAUAAUCCAAGUACAAACGGCUACAAGGGCAAAGACCGUUCUGCCCAACUUACAAACACGGCAGGUGUACAGACUCUUUUAAAUGUUGAGGCUGUACCCUCGGCUAGCAGUCGGCUACAACGAGACAUUAGUUAUGAUAACAACUUUAAAAACGAAGUCGCCCGUUUGGGAUUCGACCUCAAAGGAUCUUGGCGAGUCUCCACGGCCAACGCUGAUUUUAAACUGUGCCCCUCGUACCCACCCAGACUGCUCGUACCUUUUUGCAUCACCGAUGAAAUGCUCCACAACGUAGCUAACUUUCGUGGAUCGCGCAGACUGCCAGCGGUUGUCUGGCGCCACCAAAAGUCAGGCGCAAUUUUAGCUCGCUGCAGCCAGCCGGAGGUGGGUUGGCUUGGUUGGCGAAAUACCAAAGAUGAGCAGCUUCUCAAGGCGCUGACCGAUGCCUGUGCCUUUGACAGGGGGGAGCACGCAAGACGAUCGACAUUUGCCCACGCAAGCGCUCAUCAACCAACAGAUGCAAGAGACUUAAACGGUCAAUCUUCUUCAUCUGGAAAAAGUUCACCUUCAUUAGAGGAUUCUUCGCACGAGGAACUUACGUUAGACGAAAUUCGGAAAAUUUUAAUAGUAGAUGCCAGGAGCUAUACUUCAGCAGUUACAAAUCGGGCCCGCGGUGGAGGUUGUGAAUGCAUUGAGUACUAUCCCUGCGCCGAAAUUGAAUUCAUGAAUUUAGGUAACAUUCACGCUAUUCGUAAAAGUUUUCAUGCUGUCCGCCAGCUCUGUGCCUCAUCGCCAGACGAUCCAAAUUGGUUUGGGCAACUGGAAAAAACCAUGUGGAUGCAACACCUGUCAGGUUUACUGGGAGCCGCAAUGACGGUUGUACACACCAUAGAAAAGAACGGGCGUCCUGUACUAGUGCACUGUUCGGAUGGCUGGGACCGUACUCCGCAAAUUGUGGCAACAGCUCAGCUCUGUUUAGACCCUUACUACAGAACUGUUGAAGGAUUUCGCGUUCUGGUAGAACGUGAGUGGUUGAAUUUUGGUCACAAAUUCGCUGAUCGCUCUGGUAAUGGCCCCUAUUCUGACGAAGUGAAUGAAAGGUGUCCAGUUUUUUUGCAGUGGCUUGAUCUGGUUCACCAAAUACAGCGGCAAUAUCCAUGUUGUUUUGAGUUCAACGGAGGCUACCUGAUUAAAAUGGCGCAACAUUCGCUUUCCUGUCUUUUCGGAACUUUUCUUUGCAACUCGCUUAAAGAACGCCUUGAUAAUUCCAUAUUUGACCGAACAUUUUCGGUAUGGCCAUUUUUAGCGGACACUAUGUACAGAAAUCCUUUGUAUAAGCAUGAGACUGAAAAGGUUCUUUGGCCUGCACACAGUGUAAGAUUUUUACAUUUUUGGUCCGACCUAUACCUUGGUAGCUUAGGUAACAAAAACGGAAUUGAUCUGCCGCUACUUAGUAAUGAACGACCAAACGCUCAUCAGGGUUUCAUGGUAAAAGCGAGAUCUUCUGAAAAUCUAACAAUGAAUGAGCUGGGCCAAAGCACUAUUUCAAGGAGAUCUAGUGACCCAAACCUGGCCGUGGAAUCGAUUAUUACAGAAUGCCUUAAUAUUAAUAGCAACUCCAUGUUCGACCUAAGAUCUGAAGCAGACAUUAGUGUUAGGGAAAAUUUCCAAUAUGAUGUAAAAAACUCCAAAGACUUAGAGGUAGACGUAACGGAUGCAAAGAAAGAAGGCAAAAUUUGCCUUGAAAAUACUUUUUCUGAAACUCAGAACGACCAAAGUAAAGCUUCAAAACGUGAUAUAAUAAAUGUAGCACCACCAUUGCCAGCGCAAAGUAGUUUAAUGUGCUCGCGGAAUCAGAUUCAUAGAUCUGGAAGGAAUGUCCCCGCGUUCAAAAACUCUGGAAUUGAUCAAAGUCCCCCUUCAAAUGAUAAACAAAAGAGUGAUACAGGUCCAGCUUUUUGGCAAGGCCAAUGCGAUGUUAGUUCUGAUACCCUGAGUUCCAGAAUGCCAACAAAAAAAAACCAAAUGGAAAGUAAAACCAGGAACUUGGGUCUCGAAAGCCAUCAGAAAAAUAUAGACGCAGCGAGUGAGACACAAAGCAGUCAAAUAAAUUUAAGCUUCAAUAUUCUACCAAAAGUUCAUUUAAAACCGAAUGUGGGGCGGCGUUUAAGAACAGACUACGCGUUUCCGCAUCACCUUGACCUACAAGUGCCAAGGGAGAAUGCUGGUAGUAUAUAUAAACGAGUACAUCAUAGCCUUUCCAAGAACGAGAACAUAAAUGGGUCCGCAUUAGCUGCAAAUAGCAACAACUUUGAAGAAAGCCAAUACACGACGUUUGAAAGGACCGUUGGGAAGUCAUCGUUCGUCUGUUCAUCUGGGGCUCGAGUGCGAAGGAACACUUUUGGGUCAAGCUAUAGUCGCGACAUUGGACAUCUAAAAAUAACAGCGGAAAAUGGGAGCGGAAGCGGAAACCAUGUUACUUCUUACGGACUUGUGUCGUUGCCACCCACGCCGCAAAGUAACCAAGAACGAAUUCAAUUAACUAUUUCCUGCCCUGAUGGUCUUGCCCACGGCUUGAGCGAACAAAAUAUAAGACUUUAUCAGAUAGUACAAGAACAUAAAUUACGCGAGGAAACUCUUCUACGAGAAAUACAUAGCAUGCGAUUGGCUUUGUUGGAAAAAGGUUGUCCCAGCUGUAAUAGUAUCGUUUCGGCUAAUAUGGAACAUGAAAAUGGAUCAGAUAUCGUUGAAAACGCUUCAACUUGUUCCUGGGAAGCCGUAGAAGAGCGUUGUGGUCCUUCGUCAUUGGUCCCGACUUCGAACCAAGAAAAAAAGGCAUCCAGUGUCCUUUGGGUACCAGAUCAUGCUGUUUCACGUUGCUCCAGUUGUCAAACUGAGUUCUGGCUUGGAAGAAGAAGACAUCAUUGUCGAUCCUGUGGAGAAAUUUUUUGUGCUGACUGUUCGGAAUAUUGGGCGCCCUUACCAUUCGAAAAGCUUUUUAAUCCAGUAAGGCUAUGUGGUUCUUGCUACACGAUCGUCACAACAGAUGUUCAUGGAAAUGCUGCUGUUCCCUUAAAGCACUCAUUAAACGAAGCAACACAAUGUUCUGCAAAUACCUGAUAAUAUUUCCAAUAAAAUUAAGGCUCCUUUGUUGUAUCAUUAUGUAAAUUUAAUUAUAUAUACCUAUAUAUACA